AUGAAGGUUCCUCCACAAUCACCUCCGGAAGCCCAAACCUGUGACACGACUUCCAGAUACGAUUGGAUGGUGAUCCGACUCGCUUUGGAAUACACUCUGGCAUGGGUGAUUGCGUAUGAAAGCAAUAACUUCUGCCAAUGUCGACAACCCAGGCACAAUGAUGCUGAGCUCAUCACUGAGCUCAUCAUGGCCCUUGGGGACAGGGGAGUAACCCACCCUGUUGAUGGUAACGGCGAGUUCAUUGUGGACUCCGAUGAAGAGGACGUCGACUUGCAUCGUGUGACUGCCAUUGCUCCCACUGCCACCGUCGCUGCUCCUCCCGCUGCUGUGCUGGUGUUCACUGUGCCUGCGAACACAGGUGUCCUUCCAGCUGUUCCCACUGCCACUGCUCCUGCAGCAACUACUCCUGCUGUGGCAGUGGUCAUUGCUCCUGCUGGGCCUGCUGUUCCCGCAGUUGAUGCUCCUGUCCCCAUUGCUCCCAUAGUCAUAGCUCCCCCUACCCUGCCACUCCUGUAG